AUGCAUCCAGAUGUAGACGGACAUGUGCCUCCGCGCAUGCAGCCACUCGGGAGUGAUCUGCAGGGCAAUAACAUCAGUGUCAUCUACGAGUCGGACUUCCAAGGAUUGGCGAAGCUGCGAAUACUGCAACUGACAGACAACCACAUCUACACCAUCGAGAAGGAUGCCUUGCACGAUCUGAUCUCGCUGGAGAGAUUGCGACUUAAUAGCAAUCGCUUAAAAUCUAUACCAGAUAAUUUUUUAUCCAGUGCCGCUAAUUUAUUACGAUUGGAUCUGUCACACAAUGCACUCACUGCCGUACCGAAACGUGCAUUCAAGGGAGCACCGGCUCUGCGCAGUCUUCAGCUGGACAACAAUCAAAUCACCUGCCUGGAUGAAGGUGCCGUGAAAGGACUAACAGAGCUGGAGAUACUGACGCUGAAUAACAAUAACAUCACCACGCUUCCGCGCGACAUGUUUGCCGGAAUGCCACGCCUGCGAGCGCUGCGCCUUUCGGAGAACCCGUUUGCGUGCGAUUGUCAUCUUUCCUGGUUGGCACGGUAUCUGAAGAAUGCAUCACGGCUGGCACCGUACACUCGGUGCCAUUCGCCCGGUCAGCUCAAGGGCCAGAAUGUGGCGGAUCUGCACGAGCAGGACUUCAAAUGUUCCGGUCUCACCGAGAACGCACCGAUGGAGUGUGGCGGCCGAAGCCUCUGUCCCCAUCCGUGCCGCUGUGCCGACGGAAUUGUCGACUGUCGGGAGAAAAGUCUUACCACCGUACCGUCCACGCUACCGGAGGACACAACAGAGCUCCGGCUCGAGCAGAACUACAUCACCGAAAUUCCACCGAAAGCGUUCGCUAACCACCGGCGCCUUAAGCGGAUAGACUUGUCAAAUAACAAUAUUUCGCGAGUCGCCUACGAUGCCUUCAGCGGGCUGAAGUCCUUGACGUCGCUCGUUCUGUAUGGUAAUAAAAUUAAGGAUUUACCGGCGAGCGUUUUCAAAGGAUUAACCUCACUCCAGCUGCUACUGCUGAACGCGAACGAAAUCAGUUGCGUGCGAAGAGACGCUUUCAAGGUUCCGCAUAAUAUCAUGCUUGUGUGUGAUAAUCGUUGA